AUGGCACCCCAGCCGAUCUUAUUGGCACCAGACGUGGUAGCGAAGCAUGGAAUUCAUAUUAAGCCACAUGAAGCGGCAUUCCGUGAGAACAGCGCUACGAUUGUGAUGCCAUCGAAGGAGGCGGCCUUUCUGAAUCCAGUGCAGGAAUUCAACCGCGACCUGAGCACGAUCGCCAUCAUUUCGUGGAGCCAGAUGUUGGAUGGUGAAAAGCGUGCACGUUUCGAUGCUCGACAGCGCAAGCAGAAAGGCAAGCGUGCCAAGACGGACGAGCCAGAGGCCAAGCGAGUCAAGACAGAGGACGCCGCGCCGCGUGAGUACACCCCGUAUAAGUUCAAGAUCCUCGAGGCACUGAGCGCCACAGGAUUGCGCAGCAUUCGCUAUGCCAAGGAAAUUCCCCUUCUCGGCACAGUACUGGCCAACGACCUGGCGCCUACCGCUGUUCAGGCACUACGCCGCAACUUGGCCCUCAACUUCCCGCCUGACAGACCCAUCGAUGAAUGGGCGCCCCUCGCUGCUAAGGACAAGGAGGAGGAUGCGGAGGGGCAAGAGCAGGCGCAGACUGCUCCUCCAUCCGAUGAAAAUCUGGCCAUUCAUCCCGAUUGCAAGGUGCAAGUGAACCAGGGCGACGCAAUUGCGCUCAUGUAUAGCCACCGCGACCCACCACUUCGCUUUGAUGUGGUCGAUCUGGACCCGUAUGGCACGGCUUCUCCGUUUUUGGAUGCUGCCGUCCAGUCGGUCACCGACGGCGGCCUCCUGUGUGUGACAUGCACAGACCUGGCGGUCCUGGCCGGCCACAACUAUCCAGAAAAAUGCUGGUCUCUCUAUGGCGGCGUCAGCAUCAAGGCAGAGUACAGUCACGAGGCAGCGCUGCGUCUUGUGCUCCACGCCAUUGCGUCGGCCGCCGGCAAGUACGGCCGCUAUAUUCAGCCCAUGCUCUCAUUGUCCAUCGACUUUUAUCUGCGUGUGUUUGUACGAGUCUGGUCUCGGCCCGAGACUGUCAAGCAGAAUGCGUCCCAAACCGGUCUGGUGUACACUUGCUCCAGGUGUAGUGCCUUCCAUAUCCAGCGAAUGGGGCGCGCUACCGAGUCCGUCAGCUCCAAGACGGGCCAUGCUAAUUGGAAGUUUGGCUCUGCGUCUGGACCCCCCACAGAUACCCAUUGUGCCGAGUGCGGUGGCACGUUCCACGUGGGAGGGCCCAUGUGGUUUGGGCCGCUUCAUGAUCAGACCUUCUGUGAGGAGCUGCUAGGUACACUGGACAGUGGGAAGCACUCCGUCCACACCGAGCCCCGGAUUCGUGGCAUGGUUACAACGGCUAUGGACGAGCUGGAGGCGCCAUUUUACUUCCACCCUGCCAAGAUUGCCGGCCUGUUCCACUGCUCUGUCAAGACGGACGCCUCGCGGGCGGACGUGUACGAUCUGUACCGGACAUGGAUCCGCUCAAAUCCGGUGAACCCAGAACGCCUAAAGGACGGAUCUGCAGCCAAGGGCCUGCUCUCGCGCGUGCGAGACGAUGGCACGCCCGACACCAAGCAGGACUUUGAUCUGGAGACAGAGCAUCCAGACACGGACCGCGUUAUCAAAGGUUCGACCUCGGAUAACAAGGCUGUGCGCUACCAAAUGAACCCGCAGGCGAACUGGGGACCCGGUACUGCCGCUAAAGGACAUCGCAAGCGUGUGCACCGCAGUCUGGCCCCAGAAGAAAUCAACCGCCGCGCCCAAGAGCGACGUAGUCAAAAGUGGAGCGAGGACUCCGAGCAGACCGACACUGCCUAG